UUAGGUCACUUUCUUCUUCUCUCCCUUCUCUUCCGUUUCUGUUCUUCUUCGUUCUCUUCUCUCUUUGUUCUUCAUUAGUUUUCUUUUCUCCUGGGGAGGUAAAAAAAGACCAGCUUGGGGAAAUAAAAAGUAUAAUUUUUUUUUUCUGUUAGGAAUCAAUGGCUUGUGCUGCUCACAAUAUCGCGAGCUCACUGAGAUUUCCAGAUUUCGGACCAGCAAAAGUAUUCCCCAAGAAUCAUCUUUGCAGUGGCUUGAGUUCAUCAGUUUCCUUCGUGGGUUACCAGAAAUGGAGAUGGAGUGCUCUUUCAUUGUCACAUAUUGGAGAAUUCCCUGUGUCGACUCGUUGGAGCUUCAUCACCAGGGCGUCGAAUAGCUCCAAUGGGGAUUUGCAGGGAAAUGCCUUCUCUGGCAGCGGCAAUGGCAGCGCCAAGGACGCUGAAGAAGGGGUAGCAGUGCUGGUCAUUGGCGGUGGAGGAAGGGAGCAUGCACUUUGCUAUGCCUUGAAGCAGUCUCCGUCCUGUGAUGCAGUUUUUUGUGCCCCUGGUAAUGCAGGGAUUGAUCAAUCGGGGGAUGCCACCUGCAUAUCAGACCUAAAUAUCUCUGACAGUGCAGCUGUGAUAUCCUUUUGCCACAUGUGGGGAGUUGGCCUGGUGGUAAUUGGUCCAGAAGCUCCUUUAGUUGCUGGUCUUGCGAAUGACCUUGUUAAGGCUGGGAUCCCAACGUUUGGCCCAUCAGCAGAGGCUGCAGCAUUGGAGGGAUCGAAGGACUUCAUGAAGAAGUUGUGCGACAAAUAUGGCAUCCCUACAGCAAAUUAUCGAACCUUUACAAACCCUUCUGAUGCAAAGCAAUAUGUUAAGGAGCAAGGAGCGCCUAUUGUUGUCAAAGCUGAUGGAUUGGCUGCUGGGAAGGGAGUCAUUGUUGCCAUGACUUUGGAGGAGGCAUAUGAAGCUAUAGACUCAAUGCUGGUUAAUGGUGCUUUUGGAUCUGCUGGUUCCCGAGUCAUUAUUGAAGAAUUCCUUGAGGGUGAAGAAGCUUCUUUCUUUGCUCUGGUGGAUGGUGAAACUGCCUUACCGCUUGAAUCUGCACAGGACCAUAAAAGAGUGGGCGAUGGGGAUACCGGCCUAAAUACAGGUGGAAUGGGUGCAUAUUCUCCUGCACCAGUACUAACAAAAGAACUUCAGUCUGCAGUCAUGGAAUCAAUAAUCCUCCCAACAGUGAAGGGGAUGGCAACUGAAGGGUGUAAAUUUGUUGGUGUGUUGUAUGCUGGUCUUAUGAUUGAGAAAAAAUCUGGGUUACCUAAGCUCAUUGAGUACAAUGUCCGCUUUGGAGAUCCUGAAUGCCAGGUUCUGAUGAUGCGGUUGGAGUCCGAUCUGGCACAGGUUCUGCUUGCAGCUACUAGAGGAGAGUUGGGCAGGGUAUCACUGAGUUGGUCAUCUGGACCGGCUAUGGUGGUGGUGAUGGCUAGUCGAGGUUAUCCAGGUGCCUAUGAGAAGGGCACUGUGAUAAAAAACCUAGAAGAAGCGGAGCUGAUUUCUCCUAUGGUUAAGAUAUUUCAUGCUGGAACAGCUCAGGAUUCAAAUGGCAAUUUCAUUGCCUCAGGGGGUCGUGUGCUUGGGGUAACUGCGAAGGGAAAAGAUUUAGAAGAAGCGAGAGCAAGGGCUUAUGAUGCAGUUGAAGCAAUUGACUGGCCUGAAGGAUUCUGUAGGCAUGAUAUUGGCUGGAGAGCACUUAAACGCAUGCCAUUAGCAAGUCGCUAAUAAGCAGAAUUUUUGUAAGCAUUGGGACUCACUGGCUUUUUUUGACAAGACAAAUCAUAAAAACUUUUACCAGAACCAUACUACAUGAGGAAGCAGAGAAAGAGAGAGUGAGGCAUGCAAAGAUAAGCUGUGAAAUGCUUGUUGGAAGCUGAUAGCAAAGAAAGUUACUUUGUUGAUGUAGCCUUUUGCCUUGGUGCUGUUCAUGCUUAACUUAGAUCUAAAGAGAUGCAUUAAUCCAAUAGACCUGCAGCUUGAUGAUUUUUCUUACCAGCUGAUCUGAGGGAGGGUGAAGAAGGCCCAGUCAUGAGGCAGAGAUAAGAAACAAUAAAUGGAAAAGCUAGUGAGUGUUACGAUAGAUGAGGUUAUACAUAUUGGUACGAUUGAGUCAGAUCGGGUGAUAGUUAAUUGUAUCAUGUUUGUGUAUGCUUCUCAAAUUUCAGCAUAUAGCCCGCAAACUUAUGCCAUGGUAUAAAAAUGCAUGCCUUGCCAUCAAUUAUCAAUAUCAAUUAUUAAUACUUGUGCUUCGAUUUCAA